GCGGGAGGAGGCGGUGCCAUGUUUCAAGGGCAGCGGGGUUGGUUUUGCGGCAGCGUCAGCGGAGACCUGAGGCAGUUCUGGGUGGCUGAAGGGGGAACGAUAAGUGACCUGAGAGCCGCGGACUACUUGUUCAGUUGUGACGCCUCACACCCAGACACGCUGAGAAUAUAUCAAAGCCUUGAUUACAUAGAAGAUAAUGCUACAGUGUUUCAUGCCUACUAUCUCUCUGCAGUAGCUAAUGCUGAAAUUAAAAACUCAGUGGCUUUAGGUCAUUUCAUUCUUCCUCCUGCAUGCCUUCAAAAAGAAAUAAGAAGAAAAAUUGGUAGUUUUAUUUGGGAACAAGACCAACGUUUUCUAAUAGAAAAGCAUGAUGAAGUAACACCAAAUGAAAUAAAGGCCUUUAGGGAAAGCAGUGAAUUAGCAACAGAUCACAAAAAAGAAUUAUCCACAAGCACAGAAAAGCAUUUUAUAAGGACUCCAGUUGUAGAAAAGCAGAUGUACUUCCCUCUUCAGAAUUAUCCAGUGAACAACAUGGUAACAGGUUAUAUAUCAAUUGAUGCCAUGAAGAAAUUUCUUGGGGAAUUACAUGACUUCAUUCCUGGAAGCUCAGGUUAUUUGGCAUACCAUGUUCAAAAUGAAAUUAACAUGUCUGCUAUAAAGAACAAAUUGAAGAGGAAAUAUUAAGUUAAUAUUGUCCUAUCUGGGCAUUUGUUUUCUAUAAAAUAUUACCAAAGAUGUGCAUAGUUUUAAAUUCUAUCCUUUGGGACAGGGAGAUGGGAAAUGGGGGAGAAUUCUUCUCUUUCUUCCUCAAAAUAUAUCUUCAGGAAAUUCAGAAUCAUUUUGGCUCUGUGUUUUGACAUUUGGGCUGGACUUUUCCCCAGCUUGUAACAUUGUGUGCACAAAUUCUGUGCAUAGUGAAUUAUGCACAUUGUUAUGGAAUA